UUCCCUAGUCUCUGUUUUGAUGUUCUUCUGCAUGUAGGACAGGAUGUCACCAUGGCGACAUAAUAAACAGAUGAUAACAAGCCCUCCAGUGCGGUUCUCAGGCCAGGAAAGGGAGCAGAGAGACACAGGAGGACGGACAGUUGCUUUCUCAUCAUGGCUGAGAACUCACAUGAGGAUAAGCUCCUCACAGCAUUUCAAAAGUUUGCCGUUCACGGAGACACUAAAGCUUCAGGGAAGGAGCUCAAUGGGAAAAACUGGGCCAAACUCUGCAAAGACUGCAAGAUUAUCGACGGCAAGCAUGUGACUGGCACAGACGUGGACAUCAUCUUCACUAAAGUCAAGCAGAAGACAGCUCGAGUCAUCACCUACGAGGAGUUUCAGCGCGCCCUCCAGGAGCUGGCUUUGAAGAGGUUCAAAGGUCAAAGCCAGGAGGAAGCUUUACAAUCCAUAUGCAAACUGGUGGAGGGCCAGGGACCGGCCAACGUUGGGGUGACGAAAGCUGCAAAGAUCGCUGCAGUGGACCGUCUGACUGACCCGUCUCGGUACACCGGAUCUCACAAGGAGCGCUUUGAUGAAAGUGGUCGGGGAAAAGGGCGUGAAGGGCGGGAAGAGCUUGUGGAGAAUACUGGAUAUGUGGGAGCCUAUAAGAAUGCUGGGACAUUUGACAUCAAGAAGAAAACUGAGAAGUGAUUGGGUGGGAGCUGACAGGAAGUGCUGCACCUCUGUGCCAACUGGACCAAGCCAUGAACUGUAACCUAUGCGUGUGUGUGUGUGUGUGUGUGUGUGUGUGUGUGUGUGUGUGGAGUUGUGAAUGUGACCUUUACUAUGAGUCUGAUCAACUUUUGGAUCCUGAUCAGUUGCUUCUUUUGCCAAAUUUAAGAAAAACAAAUGUGUGUGAGCAGUGCCCCCAGAGGCAGGAGAGGUCACUACAUGUGUUCAUGCUGCAGUGCUCAGGCUGAGGACGGCUCAAUUUAGUAUGUCCGGUCCCUUUAGCAAGCUGCAUAAAUGCUAAAGCUCAUUAACUCAUCUGAACUGUUUUUAUUGUAGUUUUGAACAAACACUGUCCAUAAAAUCAGUCUCAAAUAAU